CUGCUCUUCUUGCUCUAUUUUUGCCGUCUUCUUUCCGAUCUGGGAAUAUCUCGCCAAAAAAGAAACUCUGCAAAGUACACUGCAAAAGACAAAUAGGACUACUGCACACCAACAAAACAGUCUUACACAUCUGAACAUACGAUAAAAUCUCACACUGAAAAAGGGCCCCCCCUUUUUUCAACACACAUAUCUAUCCUCUCAGCAAGCCUCUUUCUCUCUCAACAAACUCACCCUCACACAACAACAACAAAAUGUCUCCCACAUACACAAUGUCCGCACACCUGUGCCGUCAAUUCUACACAUCAUGGAACCAAUCCCGUCGCCAAAACGCCACCACAGAAGCAGUCAAGACGGCCGCUCCCUCAGCCUCAGCUUCACCAUCCAUGCUGCUACCAUCCCGCUCUCCCACGCCUGAAAAGAUUCCCGAGCGGAGAGGAAGCACAUCUUCAAACUCGUCAAGUUCAUCGUCUCUAUCUUCUUCGCCUUCUAGGCAUUGAUAUUGAUGGGACCGUUCCAAUCACGACUUGAAGAGAGUUUGUCAUGUGUCCUUUUUUCUUUUUCCUUUGUUGUCUUCUCCAAGUGUCUUGGCGAUAUCCUUGUUUCAAAGGGGUCCGGGGAUAAAUUGUUUUUGCUUGCAUCAUCAUCAUAUUUCUAUCUCGUAUUAAUCAACAUACCCGGCAUUUCAUCACGAUGGAAAUCUCACUACCAGGAGUCAACCGUUGUUGACCCCGCCUAGUAGACGGGCAUCAUCGUGCAACUGCCAUCCUACUUUACAUACUAUUUUCAAUCCGACUCGGUUUCGCUUACUUGGGAAAGGGCAUCGUCCCCUACGGUUAGGGAGUUUUAGCAAUCGAGAAAUAAAUUCAUGUUUCAAAACAAAACACACACAUAUAUAUGCUGCUGAGGCGCCACGUUAUAAUCUGCUAGUAAACAUGCUAAUAUCCCAUAAUCCUCAAGUUUCCAUGCAAGUUGUAUCCAAUGACAGCAAUCAUCUCUCAACCUUAAUGUACGAUAGCCGUUACAAAACUAACCAGGCACAAUGAUGGUGUGUCCUCGCCGUCUCUUGCUACAGGGCUGAUGCUGCCAUCGUGUUGACAGUGGGUGGCAUGGACAUUCUCUUCUUGGCCCGACCAUCAUCGCCACUGUCUCCGGGCGACUCCUCUUCCAUCGCCGCGCUGCCCUGGAUUCGUCGCUUCGCAUCCUGCUUGUCUGCCUCUGUGAUGUCCUUCUCAUUCUUCCGCAUGUCUGGAGCCCACUGUACUUGGUUAGGCGAGUGACCAACUGACAUGCCGACUCGAAU